GGUGGAGGCCGCCGCCGCCGCCGUCCUGUGGGCGCAGGCGCACUCCCGCCCUUCUCGUCUCGCGUGGCCCUCAAGAUGGCGGCCUUCUGUGAGGAGUUCGCGCUGUGCCCUUUGGCGGGAGCCGGGGUCCCCUCUCAGGGGCCGCUGGGCCUGGAGCAGGAUGCGGACCGGGUGCUGCUCACGGACCGAGGCCGGACGGUGACGCUGUAUAAGGUUUCAGAUCAAAAACCACUGGGUUGCUGGUCAGUCAAACAAGGUCAAACAAUUACAUGCCCUGCUGUGUGCAAUGCUGAAACAGGGGAGUUCAUUAUUGUCCAUGAUGAUAAGGUUUUACAGAUAUGGAAGGAAGAUGACAGUAACUUGGAUAAAGCCUUUAAAGCAACGUUGUCAGCAGAUGUGUAUCGGAUACAUUCUCUGCCUGAUACCGAACCCCUGGUCCUGUUCAAAGGUGGUGCUGUCAAGAGUUUAGAUGCUUUACUCACAGCCCCUCAGCAAGAAAUUGAAAGCGUUGUUUCAGACGAAGUUAUUAGAUGGAGUGAUGCUUUCUUGGACGUUGGACAUCCUGUUGUUACAUUUAUUACUGAGCAGGAUGGGAAUUGCUUCAUAUAUGUUCAGCAGUGUAAUCCAUGCAUCCUUCAGAAGUUUAAACUGGAACAAGGUGGCGAGUCAGCCACACCGCUGGGUUUUGCAGCAUACUUGAAAAACAAAGUUGUCACGUUGCUUUGCUUGUAUUCCAACGGAUGUGUGUAUAAGGUUCUGGUGCCCCUGCAACAGAGUGGCUCUGAAGAAGAGCAAUUUUUACAAAAGUCUCUUCUGAUCAGACUUCUAGUAUCCGGCAGUAUUUUAAAAAGCACUUCAAUUGCUAUUCUCGAUAAAGAUCAUAUUGCCAUAACAGGAUGUUUGGAUUCCCCAGAUGGCCGCGUUAAAGAUUGCUUUUCCAUAUGGAAUAUAAAAUUUCAAACAUUACAGGCUUUAAAGGAAUUACCACGGGGAACCACUGGACAAUGUUGGUGUUACGGAGACAAACUCUUCAUAACACAUGGUAACGAAUUAACAGUAAUAUUGUAUAAGUGUGAAACAUCUUCCUUGGCUGCUGCUGUUGGGAAAGUUAAGGAUACACAAACAUCAGAAAUGAAGAUUAUACCUGCAGAUUGGAACAUGCUUCAAGAAGAUGAUCUGAUAGGUGCAAAGCCAGAUCAGCCUGCUAAGUGUGAAUCUAAUAGGCUGUUGAGGUCAAGAAAGAGCAUGGAUGCAAAAACUCAACUGGAGACUCUGACAAUGGAACAGCUGCUUUUAAUUAUCAAGGAUUCUUCUCAGAAUGUAAUUGAAGAAAAGCUGAAGACAUUUUUCUCCAGUACUCAGAUACCAGACUUUCAAGCAUCAGUUGGAUGCGUACUAUCUGCUCUUGUGAACAGGUGUAAAAGAGAGUCCUCAUUUUACCCUCAGAAUUGCCUGGUGCAAAUUAUCCAGACACAAGGCCUCUCUUACAGUAUGUGCCCAGAUCUAAUGGCAGUUGCCUUGGAGAAAACAGAUGUACACUUGUUACAACUAUGUCUCCAGCAAUUUCCUGACAUCCCUGAAGCAAUUACCUGUGCUUGCCUGAGGACUUUCCUGAGCAUUGGUGAUGACCGCCUUGAAGAAAUGAAUGUGUAUUUAGAUUCUGUAGCAGGUUGUGUUGAUACUGCGCACAACAACAGAAUGGGAACGCAGUCUAAAGUUAUACAGAAUGGCUUCAAUUCUGAGCUCCCGGAAGAAGACAUCUGCGACACACCGUUAACUCAGAAAUCUCACAUGACAUACACAAGAGAAAUAUGCCCUGUUGGACCACAGAAGGCAACGUUGCUAAACACCAUUCUUCGUUCAGCAUACAGUGAGACAUUUCUUUUGCCUCAUCUGAAAGAUCUCUCAGCUGAGCAAGUCAUUUUAUUUCUCCGGUAUCUGCAGUAUCUGUACAUGAAGUGCAAUGAAGAGGCUGCUGUAGACCUUCCUGUAAUAUUUUGUCUGUCGAUAAACCAGAUCAUGGACUGGAUAUGCCUUCUCCUAGAUGCUCACUUUACAGUUAUUGUGAUGUUGCCAGAAGCAAGAGAAUUACUUUCUAAGCUGCACAAGUUUGUUAGAGCCCAAGUACGUUUUUACUCAGAACUCAACAAGAUUGAAGGAAGCCUGAAGCAUUUGCAAAGGAUACAGCACCCAGAUGAUGUGGGCUUAUAUUCCAUUGAAGUUCUGAAACUUGUAUGAAUAAGGCACAUGUUUCUCAUAAAAUUAUUGUUACGAAUCUA